ACAGCUCUCUUGGCUCUCAUCGCCAGCAUCAUGAGUUUCUCCACCUACUCCUCCAAAAAAGUGGUCGGUUCCUCGAGCAGAAGUUCGGGAAUGCUAUAUCCCCGGGCAGCUAGUGUCUCCGGGAUGGGCUCUAGCCUGCGAAUGUCCUCGUCGAGAAUGCAGGGCUUAGGAGGGGGUUUCAAAUCAGGUUCAAGCUCAGGUGGAUUCAUGCUCUCGGGCAGCAGUUCCUCCUAUAGCAGUGGUUCUGCCUUUAACGGUGGUUCUGCCUAUAGCGGUGGUUUCGCCAUUGGCGGAAUGUCCGGGGGCUCAUUCGACGAGAAGCAAACCAUGCAAGAUCUCAACACCCGUCUGGCUUCUUACCUGGAAAACGUCCGCUCCCUGGAGAGCAGCAACAAACAGCUGGAGCUCAAGAUCAAGGAAUACUACAACAGUAAGGGUCCCUCUGGCACCAGAGACACCAACCUCUAUUACCAGACUAUCGCUGAUCUCCACAGGAUGAUCAUUGCUGCUACCAUUGAAAAUUCCAGAGUCAUUCUGCAGAUUGACAAUGCCAAGCUUACCGCCGACGACUUUGGCAUCAAGUACAAUUCAGAGCUGGUCAUCCGCCAGGGAGUGGAGUCGGACAUCGAAGGGCUGCGCAGGGUGUUGGACGAGCUGACCAUGACUAAGAGCGACCUGGAGAUGCAGAUCGAGAGGCUGAAGGAGGAGCUGAUUUACAUCAGGAAGAAUCACGAGGAGGAACUGAAAAUACUGCGGUCUCAGCUGGGAGGCACGAUCUCAGUGGAUGUCGAAGCUAAGCCCAAAGUUGACCUGGUCCAGAUCCUGACAGAGAUGAGGCAACAGUACGAACUUCUGGUUGCCAAGAACCGAAAGGAAGCAGAAGAUUGGUUCAAGCAACAGGUCGAAGUCAAGACCCAGGAAGUCGUUGUCAACACUCAGGCAAUGGAUGCACACAAGGCACAGCUGACUGAACUGAGACGCACUUAUCAGAAUCUACAGUUGGAGUUGCAGUCGUUGAUGAGUAUGAACGCCUCUCUGGAAGGGAAUAUCCAAGAGAUAGAGGCACGCUACGGUGCCCAGUUCAACCAAUUCCAGAUGCAAGUCAGCAUACUGGAAAAAGAGCUGAUCCAGAUCAGGAAUAACAUACAACAACAGGCCCAGGAGUACUCAGUCCUUCUCAACAUCAAAACCAAACUGGAGAUGGAGAUUGCUACCUACAGGCGUCUUCUGGAUGGGGAAUCCAGCACAAGCUACAGAGAACAGUCAAGCAGCCAGACAGUUGUGCACGAGAUAACGAAACAAGAGCCAGUCAUCAAAACAAGGAAGAAGGUCGUGACUUUGAUGGAACAAGUGAUCGAUGGCAAAGUUGUCUCCACUCAGAUGGAAGAAGUCCUGCACGAUAACUAAGAUCCAUCCUAUUCCAGGAGAAACCCUUUGCUCUUUUCCUUUCAGCAACUUCGAAAAUUUCAGAAGCCAAGAAACAAGUGCUUGUUUAUCUCUUCUGUGUUCUUUGGUAUUCCAAUAAAGAAUGGUGGUGGC